GGGAUGCAGACUGGGUUAUUUAAGGAUAUGGGGUGCUGACUGGGUUAUUUAAGGAUAUGGGUUGCUGCUUGGGACAUAUAAUGAUAAAGGGUGCUGACUGGGUUAUAUAAGGAUAGUACUGACUCGGUUAUAUAAGGAUAUGGGAUGCAGACUGUGUUCCGUACGGAUAUGGGGUUCUGACUAGGAUAUAUAUAAUGAUAUGGGGUGCUGACUGGGUUAUAUAAGCAAAUGGGAUGCUGACUGGAAUAUACAAGCAUAUGGGCUGCUUACUGGCAUAUACAUAAAUAUGGGGUGCCGACUGGAUAAUACAGGGAUAUGGUAUUCUGGGUGGGAUAUUUAGAGUAAACACGUACGAGGGCUAUUUCAGGGAUGUGUGGAGGGAAUAGGAGAAUUGCUGGUAUAAUCCCCUGUCAGUCCCAGUAAUGCCCGGUUUGGCAUCAUCUUCUCACAGGUACAGUGCAAUGGUGAGACAGUUUCCUGUAAGUGGCCCAGUUGCUAUGGCAGACAUGCUGGAUCCCUACACCUUUGAUGCCCCUUCUACAUACAUUAACUUUAGUUCUUUCCAUGAGGAUCACAAUGCUGACUCCUGGUUAGACAGAGUGACCAAUGCACUUAAUACUCCCCCAAACCAGAGGCCACGCUUUGAAACUUCUGCUGUGAAUUCUGAACACAAGCGCAAGGUGUUGACAACCCUUUCAAAGGAGGCAGUCUCCAAGAGUACUACACAUUUUUGUGAUGUGAAAUCUCCGUCAAUGCGAUCAACCAGGCUCAUGUCCAGGAAGCAUCGGGAAAAGCUUCUCAUAAAAAUGAGAGUCAGAUCUUGAGAAUGAGCCACCACAGGCUGACUCCCCGCUGUGCAAACUAAAGGGGUAUGUAUGGCUACUGAAACUUCAUCAGCCCCAGUCAGGGCCGCCAUUAGAAAUCACGGGGCCCCGUACAACAAAAUUUUUGGGGCCCCCUGGGCCCCGCCCACACUGACGACCAAGCUCCACCCCAUAUCCCGCCCACUCCACAUCGCAG